UCUUUACAUAUGCCAUCAAAUCCUUUACCAAACCAAAGACACUGCAGAAAUGUUAAAAAAUUUUAACAACACUGAUAUUGAAACAAUUUCCUUACAACUGUUGGAGAUGUUUACAGAAGGAAAUCAUCAAACGGUCUCCAAGCUAUAUCCAUUUUGAUAUUUCCAUAGAUCAAGAUCCAUGCUCAUAAUGCCCUGACAAAAACUUAACUACUGACUGUCCGUGUUAUCGGCAAUAGCAGGGUUAUCCUAACAUAUCAAUAAAAGAAGUCUAUAAAAGGCCGGUAAGAGUAGAGCUUAAUUAAUCAAGCACAACAGCAAAACUAGAAAGAGCUUAUGAUGGAGAAGAAGAAGACAGAGGUAGUUAUAGUUGGGGCAGGGCUGGCUGGAUUAGCCACUGCUGCAUGCCUUACCAUGCAUGCAAUCCCACACGUGAUCUUAGAAAGAGAAGACUGCAUUGCAUCUCUUUGGCACAAGAAAUCCUAUGACCGUCUCCAUCUCCACCUUGCCAAGCAAUUCUGUCAACUCCCUCACCUCCCCCACCCUUCCUCUUGUCCAACCUUCAUGUCCAAGAACCACUUCAUAACUUACAUUAAUGACUAUGUUGCUUGUUUCAACCUCUGCCCGCGUCUCCGAUGCGAGGUAGAAUCAGCCUUUUUUGAUGAUGAAGAUGGGAAAUGGCAGGUGGUGGUGAGAAACCUGGAGACUGGUGAGGUUGAGGAGUAUGUUGCUAGAUUUGUUGUAGUUGCUACUGGUGAGAAUGAUAAGGCGGUGGUGCCGGAGUUUCCUGGUAUUGAGUCAUUCCCUGGAGAAGUCAUUCACUCCAUGGACUACCGGAACGGAUCCAAGUACAAGGGGAAAGAUGUUCUUGUUGUCGGAUGUGGGAAUUCUGGGAUGGAGAUUGCUCUUGAUCUGUCAAACUUUGGUGCAAAGGCAACCAUUGUUGUCAGGAAUGAGCUUCAUGUGGUUCCUAGGGAGUUGUUAUUCUGGAUUAUGCUUCUCAGGAAGUUCCUGCCAAUAUAUUUACUGGAUGCUCUACUUCUUUUUCUCUGCUAUUUUAAGUAUGGUGAUACAGCUAAGUAUGGGAUACAAAGGCCAAAGCAGGGCCCUCUACAUCUGAAAGAAACCACACCAAUAUAUCCAGUCAUAGAUGUCGGCACCUUUCAGAAGAUCAAGUCCGGACAUAUCCAGGUAUUACCUUCUGUGAAAAGCAUCAAAGGUAACAAUGUCAGGUUCAAGAAUGAAAUUUCACAUCAAUUUGAUGCAAUAAUACUUGCAACUGGUUACAAAAGCUCUGCAAAAGAAUGGCUUAAGGGAGAUGAUUAUCUUAUUGGUGAAGAUGGAAUUAGCAAGCAAAAAUUUCCGAAUCAUUGGAAAGGGAGACAUGGGCUCUAUUGUGCAGGACUUGUAAGGAAAGGGAUUUAUGGGCUGGCCAAUGAUGCAGAGAAAAUAGCUAAUGAUAUAAAUACUCUAUUGAAAGAUGACGAUGCUAAGAAAAUGAACUGAAGAGAUAUAUAUAAUCAUACACACACAUGCAUGUAUAUGAGUGGAUAAGUUAGAUAUAUGAAUAAUGUAGUAUUCAUAUCGAUAAGCACCGUCCAAGUGUAUGGAAUACUAGUUUCAUGAUUUGAUGAAUGAAAGUGACGACUUCAGCAGG